AUGGCAGAAACCGAGGCAACCCUCUUCAAGGUCGACUCUGCUACCCAGCAGCCUGAAGUCAAGGCCAAGCGCAGGCCAAGUUCUAUGGCAGCUGACUGCUAUGACAUCUUAGACCUCCAGAAAGAGGGCAAGCAGAUCAACAUUGCGCCCGAGACACAGAGGCUAGGGUGGAAGCUGAACAAAUCACCAUCAACAGUCGAAGACCCAUCAUUCCUGAGCUUGCCAUUGUGCAUACCCAAGGUCAAGAAGAUCACCCUGCACUUUCCACUUGGCCUUGAAGUUCAUGCACGGAACAUGAAGGGCGUCACCAUCAAGGAUGCACUAGAUGCCAUCCACAAGCAGUUCAAGAAGAGGCAAGAUGACGAGUUCGAGAAACCCUACCUAGCGGGUUUUGAGUGGGAUCCCGAGGAGGACUACACACGAUUCAUCGUCCACCAGACGAACACCCCCACCUCAUCAUUCACUAAGGACCAGUCUUCCAAGAAGAAGAAGAAGAAGGCUGAGGAGACUGAGGAGUAA